AUGGCGAAUAAAGGGAAGAGUGUAAAAAUCGAAGAAGAUAUUCGUAUUUACAUACACAGGCAGAUCGAUUUGUUUCUGCGUGACGAAAAUCAAAUCGAGUUCGACUUUCCGUCCCAUCUCACUAAGCAACAUCGAAUGUAUAUACACGACUAUGUUAAAAAUAAGCAAUUAAAAUCAAAAUCGCAUGGUACAGGCGCUAACCGAUACAUGACCAUAUGCAAAAAAAACCUGUCGGAUGUAAUGUACGAUGAUGCCGUGCUAAAUAUAACACACGAAUCAGGCGUGAUUUUGAAUAAAAUGGAAACGUUGUACAGUGUUGGCCGUGCGUCCGGUCAACGUCCGAGCAAACGAAUGGACAAACAAUUAAAUACCAUCGAUGUUACAAGGGCACCGCCCUCGAUACCGCCACCGUCGGCAGGUUCUGCAGACAUCAAUUCCGCCCGUAAGCGCUUACCCAUAACCCAAUUCCACGAGGAUAUACUGGCGAGCAUGGAACACAAUCAGGUCAUAAUAAUAUCAGGCAACACAGGUUCGGGCAAAACGACCCAAGUUCCGCAGUACAUCCUAGAGCAUGCCGCGCAAAAAAAACAACCCUGCCGUAUCGUUUGCACGCAGCCGCGCCGCAUCAGUGCGGUAACCGUGGCGGAGCGGGUUUGUUACGAGCGGAACGAAAAGUUGGGCGGUACAGUGGGAUAUCAAAUUCGAUUGGAACACCGUGUGAAACCUACCACGAACGUGACGUUCUGCACGAACGGUGUGCUGUUGCGCUGUUUGAUGGACAACGAUUGUGCCAAGUAUCUGCAAAAUGUGACGCAUAUCAUCAUUGAUGAGGUGCACGAACGGGAUCAAUAUUCUGACUUUCUAAUGGUAGCGUUGAAGAACAAGCUGAUGAAAAAUCCGCACCUUAAGAUUAUCCUGAUGUCGGCCACGAUGGAGUCGGACACAUUUUCGAAAUACUUUAACGAGUGUCCGGUAAUUGAGAUACCGGGACGAUUGUUUCCGAUUGAGAUCGUUUUCUUGGAGGACAUAUUGCUCAACAUUGAAACAUACAAUCACCGCGUUCAGCAUGUUCGCGACGCGAUAACGAGCAGCAUUAACUUUCAGGAGUCCAACGAACUAGCAGAACCGGCGACAGUGAAUAUGGACCACGGAACGGUACAGUUGUUGAACGAUAUUCUGGAAGUUUGCUGGAUGGAAAACAAACCGAACAAUUUCCAUAACUUUUUCCUAAUGGUCGACGAGGAAACAAUUCCGAUUAAUUUCAAGCAUACCGAAACACAAAUGACUGCACUAAUGAUUGCCGCUGCAAAAGGUUACACGGAGAUCGUACAAAAACUGCUGGACAUGGGAGCGGAUCCACACAUACAGGAGAAGCACGGUUACAAUGCAUUCGAUUGGGCUUGCCUGCUGAACGGGAGUGGCAAAUGUAGCGAUUUGCUGAGACAAGCAAUUAAGAACAAGAACGUAGCAGCAAAACCUCCGCGCCUGUUGACGGUUAAUCCAAAUGACAUGAAAUCACUAUUGGAUGCUUAUCAUACAUCGACUGAAGACGAUCGGGUCGAUCAUAGGUUAAUCUUCGACAUUAUCAUGCAUAUUUGCAACCAAAUGCCAGCGGGAGGCAUGCUUGUGUUUUUGCCUGGUUACGAUGAUAUACAGGAGCAGUAUAGGUUGUUGACGAGCAAAGCUCCUUCGUUGGAUUGCUUGCAGGUGUUUAUGUUGCACAGCAACAUGCAAAUCAUCGAUCAACAAGCCUUGUUCAAGCCGGUGCCUUCGGGAGUGUAUAAAAUCAUUCUCUCGACCAACAUUGCGGAAACAUCGAUCACGAUUGACGAUGUACUGUAUGUUAUCGAUAGUGGUAAGGUGAAGCAAAAAUAUUACGACCCGCUCACGUCGACCAGUUCCUUAACCACUACCUGGAUAUCGCAAGCAUGCGCCACGCAACGUGCUGGUCGCGCGGGUCGCACCCGACCCGGCAUCUGCUACCGUCUGUACAGCCGUACGCGCCAUUGCGCGAUGGAUGCCUACAGCUUGCCGGAAAUAUUGCGCGUCCCGCUGGCAGAAAUCUGUUUGCAAACGGCAAUGAUCAUGAAGGACGGAUCGAUUGGGGAGUUUCUCAAGAAAUCACUAACAGCACCGUCCGCCAUUAGCAUCAAGCAGAGCAUCAAAUAUUUACAGAAAGUCGGUGCCCUGGAUGACGAUGAAAAUCUUACCAAUCUUGGCUAUACGUUGGCCGAAUUGCCGGUGGAUGUUAGGCUGGGGAAAAUGUUGCUGUACGGCAUAUUAUUCAAAUGUUACGAGCCCGUACUGAUGAUUGUUUGCAUUAUGAGCGUAAACGAUCUGUUCGUGCUGCCGUCCUUUAGCGGCGACACAGAAAGGGCGAAUAAAAUGCGUCACGAGCUGGCAGAUAACUCGUACAGCGAUUGCUACACACUGCUUCGAGCUUACCAGCGUUGGCUGAAUGCUUACCCGAUGCACAAACGGAAAAAGCUAUGCCAUCGACUAUUUUUAAACCCUGGAAAGCUAUCGAUGGUACACGAUUUGCGGAACAAGCUGCACGAUCAUUUGUGUACGAUCGGUCUUGUCAAAAGCUAUCGGCCCGCAGGAGGCGUAAACGAUUUAAACGAGUUUGCCUGCAACUGGAGCCUAGUGAAAGGCAUCCUACUGGUAGGACUCUAUCCAAACGUAUCCUACCUGUGCAAACACACGAAAACGUUAAAGACACGCUUCGAGAAGAAAAUUUUCCUCCACCCAUCUUCGGUGUUUGGUCGGAAAGUGUGGAACGAGGCAAACGAAAACGGUAACAUGCUAUCGCUACCGAGCCAAUGGAUUACGUUCGACGAAAAAUCUAGAGCCGGUCGUGGAUCUAUGAUUCGCUGCAACACGGUCGUAUCGCCGCUAACGAUUGCCAUUUUUGCCGGGCCAUUUGCGCUGGACGAAGCGAAGUGGUGCGGAUGA